GUCUUCAAUCCAAUCAGAGAAUUUUGCCGCUGGGCUGUCAAAUUGUUUCCUGAGUCACUUCCUUGUUAAUCAGACAGUUGUCCGUUUAUUACAAUUAUGGAUACCAUCUCUGCUGCAUAUUUUGAAUCUAUAAACCCCCUUACACGUAAAAUUGUUCAAGAAACGCGAAUGGUCAAAUCACUUUUCAAUGAAAAAUGGGAAACGUUUGAUGAAAAAAGACAAGAUGACAUUCUUGAUGAUUACUUCGUCCAUCCAGAUGUCCGCGACAGAUAUAAAGAUUAUGGUAAAGGGGAUGUAUACCCAAUAUCUUAUCCAGUUCUCAAGGUUCAGAUGGGGGAAAAGAUUGUUGUUGAUGAAACAAAUGAUUUUUGGACAUGGCAAGAUGAAUUUUCUGGACCUUUUUCUUGGAAAACUAAGAGUCAACAGGAUCUUACCUUAUUAGACUUGGAACCAGAGCAGAUGACAAAACAGUCCAAAACAAGAAGAAGAAGUUCCAAAGAUUUGUCAGAAGAAGCAUCACGAGAAGCACCAACAGAAUUUAAAGUAAUGGAACCAGGAAAAAGCUUCUGGUAUUCGGAAUUUCAAAACUUAAAAAAUGUUGACUUAACCAAAGCACACAAUGAAAAGGCUGAUACUGUAAAUCUCCUACCUCAGAAAAACGUAAUUAUAAAAAACGAUAAUUCUCCAGAAGAAAUCAAUUAUGCAUUUAAUAGAGACAGCUUUAUCGAUACCGAUGAACAAAAAGGUAGAAAUAGUAAAACUGAUCCAAGUUUCUAUUCAGAUAAGAAACCUGCUGAGCAAGGGAUAGCAUCAAACGGAUCUGUUUCAAAAAGAAAACAUGAUAUUGAAAUGUCUGUGUUUGAAAACCCAAUGAUUUCACAUGUAGUUGAGGAUGAGGAUAGCUUAAGUAGUGCAACAACUUCGCCAUCACAUCGUCCUUUAUUGAAAGGUUUUAAUACAGAUGGGUCACCUUCCAGAAAACCAUUAUUGAAAGGGGACAGCCAGGAAAGUUAUAGUUCUGGUAAAUCUCAGUUGUACGAACCGCCAGCACAAAGUAUUGAUCAUGACGACAGAUUGGAUGGUAGAACAAAUGACAAAUCUCAUCUAGUUUCUAACGUGGAUUAUGAAGAUACUGAAUUGAUAGCAGUAGAUAUGAACAAAGGGUCAUACUCACUAAAUGAUUCACAUGGUUCCAUGAGUUCACUUAAUCUUCAAAAAACUGGGUUUGAUUUUCUUGACGAGUGGUAGAGAGACAGAGAAAAACAAAGCAGAAAGAUCAGAAAUGUUAUCUUUUAUUGAAAAUUGUCUAUAUUAUUGUAAUAUUUGCAAUAUGUCAAACUUUUCAUGUUUGUUACUCUUUCAUGUUUCAGAGAAGAAAUUAUUACACCUUACACUUUUUUGAACUGUCCUGAUGUAUUAUAAUUUCCAUAAAGAUAAAAUUAAGAAAAUUGAUGGUUAGUGAAAUUUAUAUGAAAAUGCAACAGUACAUGUACAUGUAUAUGUAAAUUUCACCAAGUUUCAUUGGCAAUUUGACUUAUUCAAAUGAAAAAUGAGAAAUAAAAUGAUAAUUUACCAAAGAUUAAGAGGUAAUAUCUUACCACUUGUGUGUGUUCAGCCAAAUCAUAGUUCAUAUUUAGCAUGUUUAUGUAGCAUUUAGGCAAUACCUGUUCAGAAUGUAGCUUCAUUUUAUUUAUUUCAAGUUGUUAGAUUUUUUUUUACAUUGUACAUAUAUUUUGAAGAAAAUUUAAUAUUGAAGAUACUGUAUAUUUUAUCAACAUGAUCAAGGAUAAAAAAUGUAUUCCUGUUUCCAAAACUCCCCUAAGCCUAAUUUUUAUGCCCCUGCCGCUGAAGAGGGGCAUUACAUGUUACCCUUUCCCGUCCGUAUGUCCCAAAAUUGGUUUCUGUUCUCCAACUUUAGUUUGCCUCAACCAAAUGUUAUGAAACUUAUACACUAUAACUUAAUGCUUAUUACAUUUGUACCACAAAACACAGAUCAAGUUUAUCAUGUUGUAUGCAAGCAGGGGCAUCAUCUGUGUCCCAUGGGACACAUUCUCCAUUUAUAUGUAUGCUUAUAUUAAUAUAUUUGAUGGCCUUGUUAAUGUAUUCCUAGUCAAGUGUCAACAGCAGGACCUUAGUAAAAAUUAAGAUUUUUUUUAUUUUUACCUGGAAAUAAUAAAUUAUUAUCAGCUGAUUGAAUUUUUAUAGAUCUGGAUUUGAUUAAUGUGUAUUUUUAUAAAUUAACUGAAAUGACAUGAAAUUUUUUACCAUAAUUAAGGACAGGUAUCAAUUACCAAACUAGGACACAUGCUUAUUUCUAUAAAUAUAAGACCACCUUGGACUUAUGAAUAUCUGCUAGUUUUUGCAAUAAUAAGAGCAAUAGUUCUUGCAUCAUGGCUUCAAGAGGAGUACAAUAAAUUGUAACCCUUGGAUAGAGCUUCAUUUCUUCUUGAGAAUAAGCCACUAAGCCAAUACAUAAUGUAUUUUAUUAUAUAAUAAUAAUUACCUUACAUUGAUGUUUGAUAAGGAUUCCCAUCAUUUGAUGGGCUGACAACAAUGUUUGAUGUUUUAAAGUUAAGAUUUAUAUCUAAAUAAAAUGCAACACCAUGACUGCACAGGCUCUUCAUCACAAGAUUACUACAAUGUGUAACAAUAUUUUAAACAAAAAGAAUAAAAUUUUUAUCAAUAAGAAAGAUUAUCGUUGAUAACAUGACAAAUGAAUCAAAGUUUAAUUAAAGUUAAAUUUCUGGAUGAUGAAUAUACCGAUAAACUUGACCAUCAAAUUUAAAAAAAAAGUAUGGUGGCAAGAAUUGCUACCCAGCAAGAACUACUCUUUGACCAGUAGUAUUCUGUUUGCAAAUAUUGAAAUAACAAGGAAGAUGCACCUUUUAUGUAAAUUGUUAGAGGAAAGUGGUGAGGGAGGGGUUACUUGUUACCUUCAUCUCAAUGAACAAAUCAUUCAGUAUUUUUUAAUCAAAUAUUAGGUGUGCAUUUACAUAGAUAAUGUUUUUUAUAUACCAAAUAUUUGUUAUGUAAUUUAUAGGUUGUAUUUUUAUUUAUUAUUUUUAUACAUGUAGUUUGUUAUUAUGUCUCAGUAUAUAUAUAUAUACAAUAAAUAUUUCAAUAAACAUAGGCUUCAACAGUA